UCAACAAUUAUGUCAGCCAACAGCUUGUAUAAUGCGUAUGUUUUACUAGAACUGGCAAUGGCCGAACUGAAAAUUUCUCAGAAACGAUAGUUCCUUUGAAGUUAACUUUAGUAGCAGAAACCUUACUUUCGUUCGGUAAACACGGAAGUGAAAUACAAAAUAAAAGAAGUAAGCAGUACAAGUUACGUUUAAGGAGUUCUCCAGCGAACACAUACUGCAUCAUAUAGAUGAGCAAAAGACCAAAAUAUAAACAGUCUGAUGAGGAUUUUCAACAUCAUGCCAUGAUUAAGAGAGAAUAUAAUUAUGUCUUUAUUUUUUAUUUUGAAAUAUACAAAAAAAACCUGUUAAUUGAUUGUUUAAAUUACUUGAUGAAGGAGAAUUCAUUUCUUUAAAAAAGAUUCAAAUCAUAGUGAUGGCUGAUCACAUUCAAGAAAGGUUUUACUUUAGGAGACAUCAUUCUCCUAAAAAGCAAAACAAGUAUAAAGAUAUUGUAAGAUGCAUCAUUCAAAGGCUAUGCGAAAGAAGUGGUGUUGACUGCCUUGGAAACAUAUGGAAACAGAACUGGGAAACAUUACAGACUGCCAACAUUAGAAGCUUAGAAGAGUUAAAGAAAUUUCUCAAAGUCUAUCCAAAGUGUUUUAAUGUGCAUAAAUCAAAGGCUUCAGAUUAUAACCCCUAUAAAUGGAGUGACAAUGAAGGCGUGGUAGAGGAGGAUUCCAUGGAUAUGCUCCCCCUAGAUGGCAUAGAAGUAGAAGUAACUACAAAACUACUGUUAUGUGAGAAAAACAGUAAACAAAAUGAUCAGUGUAAGGAUAAGUGUGGUAAGCUGCAUUUGUGCAAGUUCUUUCUGCUAUCAGGUCUGUGUAGGUUUGAUCCGUGUCACUACACACAUGAUAUCAGUAGUGGCCACAACUACAAGAUACUAAAGGCUUAUUUCAUGGACCAUCUAAGCGUUGAGGAAUUGAGAGUUCUCUUCACCCGACGAAAAGCCCGAACUUCUGUCACCCGCCCCUUCUUGUGCCGUUACUACAACAAAUCUUCUUGCAAAAAAGGUUCAAACUGCCCCGGCUUGCACAUAUGUUCUGGCUUCAUAUCAGGCUCAUGUGAGGAAAAGUGUGGGUUGAACCAUGAUCUUACAGAUGUAGAUGUAAGAAGGCGUUUAGAGCAGUUUGCUAUAGAACCAGAAGAUCUUGUCAACAUUUUGCUGACAACUCGCCACCCAAGUUAUCUAAUUCCUUGAAAUACAUUGCUCCAACAUUCGGAAAAAAUAAAAAACAUUUUCCAGACAAGCCAGAAAUAAACCAAAACAGAAAAAAACAAGAGUCUUGUAGAUUGACAAAAGGAACCACAACCAGUGACAAUGAUUCUUUAUCACAGCCGUUUGAGAUGGCUUGUGAUUCAAGUCAGGAUGCCACUCACAUGGCGCAUGCAAUCACUAUGAAUGUCGACAUGGUGAACAGGAUGAAAGGAGAAGAUGGACCCAGAUCACCUGAUGGUGAAUGUGUUUGGGGUGGCCCUGCUAGGGCUGUCCCUCUUGUAGCUGCAACCACCACAUUGAAUGAACCACCUGAAAUUGUAAAUACAAGCCACCAAGGAUUCUUGCAUGCAGACAGCAAACAUUCAGGAAGCCGUAGACAUGUUGGAAGCUCCAGUCAGGACCAGAAAAAGGAGUCAAGUGUUGCCAGCAAAUUGCUUACCUUGAUAGAUAAGCUGCAUUCCUAUUCCUCUCCUCCUGGGUUAGGAAGCAAGUCGAAGAAUAAUUUGAUUAUGACUGAUUGCGCUGUGGAGUCUGACUCAAAAGAAAACCGCAUAGGUACCAGCAAGGAGCAAAAGGUAAAAGAUGUCUCAGACGGAGAAAUAACCAGGUCAGAUGGGGAGGUGACAGAUUCUCAUUCUGAAGUUGAUCUGCAGUUCAAAGGUAGGGAUGGAUGCAGUGUCAGUCACCAUGAUGGCAGUCUUCAGGCCAGCAGAAGUGGUUCUUUCUGUAAAGGAUGGAGAGUGUGGCCUGUCAGGAGAAGGAAGAGAGUCAUAUAUAGAUGAUCAGGGAGCUGUUUGUAAGGGCCAAGUUUGUGGAAAAAAGACUAGAUUUAGAAAGUUACAUGGUAAUGCUUCAUGGGACUACAAGAGGAGGGGUAAAAGGUUUGUCUUGCGAGACUUUAAAGGGAGACCACUUUACAAAGACAAAAACAACAUGGCUUUUGGUUCAGAGGAUGCAGAGGAAAUUAAACCUCAUAACUUCAUGAGCAAGGAAGCCGAGAAAAUGUUUCAGUCUUCGCUUGCGUUAGGAGAUCAACAUGGCAAAGAUUUCAGCCGCCCUAACUCAUUAAAAGGGAGGCAAAAGUCAACCACAAAUCUUCUGUCUUGGGGAACGGCCAGAGAAAAGAAUUGGUUUAAAAGAGGAAAGAAGAGAAAUUGCACUGUGCAUAAACUGAAUGGUGGUAAAGCAAAUAUCAAAAAAAGCUUACCUUCACAGUCCAUUGAAAUGACUGAAUUUAGAGAUGAGGAAAGAGAUACAGAUACAACAACUGGUCCUUAUGUAACUCAUGACCACUCAGUGAGUAUCUCUGGACGCAUGAUGAAGUUCAGGGAAUUAGAGGCAAUGAACAUCAGUGAAAUACCAUCAAAAAGGAGCAGAAGUCCUAGCCCUACAGCAAGACACAGCCAUAGGACUAUGGCACAAAGGAGAAGCCCUUUUCCGAGGAGAUGGGAGAAUCGUGGAUCACCAUUCAACCAUUAUUCAAGAGAAGAAUGGCUAGGUUCAGACAGGCAAGACAGUAUGGAACAUGAGAGAAGUGAUUUCGCACUAGGGAUGGAAGUGACCGAAGUAGGGACUAUAGUUUGGUCAUGGACCAGUGGUCUCAGUCAGAGUGGGAAGGGGAAAGAGAGAGGGAACCUGAAAACAAAAGGUCUGGUAAGUGGCAUAUGUCACGUUCUUCAACUGGCUUCCACACGCCUACAGAUUGGAGAGGGGGAGAUUGGAAGAGAAAUGACCAAUGGGACAAUGGGUUGGAUCUUUCACGACAUGAAUCUUCCUCAUGGAGUAGCAAAGCUUCUUGCCGAGAUGCUCAAACAUGGGAUGAUUGUCCUCCAUACAACCUUCACACUUCUGAUGAUGAAGCUUCUUAUCAAAUGGCAAGUUUUCCGUACAAAGAUAAGGAUAGAAAGAAUGGGAACUCUCGUAGAUGGGAAAGAAAUACUCAACAGAGUUCAGUUGUCAAUGAAAUGGUCAGCAGGUUGAGAGGAAAAAGCAGCAGAUCCAGGUUUUUAGUGGCUUCAGAUGGAGACAGCAAUAAAAGUUUUGACCAAAAUAGAGAAACAUACUUGAAUUUUCCAGUAGAGUCUGUGGAAGAAGAGGCUGGAAGUGGAAGUUCUGACAACUGGAGAAGGUCUAACGAUGACAUCUCAAGUACCUCUACGACAUGUACGAGGAGCUGAGAGAAACAAGAAAAUAAGUUCCGUUGGCAUUGAGAAAGUACGCAAUGAAUCGAGUAAUACAGCAUGGUAUGGCAAAAAGGAGUUCAUUGGACAGGCAAAUGCCAAUAAGCAGUUUGCAAGCUACAAAGAAUGGUGUGAAGCUAAGGACUUAAGAAAAAAUCAUAGAAGCAGCUCAUUCACUGAAGAACCACCAUUGACUGCAGAAAAAGAUGCCUGGGAUGUGCUAGAGUCAGAGAAACAAACAGGCAGCAGCAGACUUGAAGACUUUGCAAGACACAGUUUUGAUGAGCAGAGAGGUAACCCAUCAAAAAGAGGAAAGAAGUUUGCAAAUUAUGAAGAGUGGAAGAGAGCCUACGUAGGGGAAGCAGAGACUACCUUUAAUGGAGAUGAGCAAACACCUAGUAGUCUAGAGAAGAGGCACCCUAGAGUUCGAGAGAUAUGGCACAGCGAAACAUACAACAGAAGUGGGGAGCCUGAAUGUGGACAAAGUCACAGUGAAACAUUCUCUAGGACACACUCUUCUGUUGAGGAUGGCUUCUCAGAGCACACCAGACAUCUACAAAGAAGAGCUAAAGAUGGCUAUAGGAACAAAAAUUUCAAAAGGAACCCCAAAAAUGGUGUGGAUAAUAAUUCUGUGGAACAUAAUUUUAGUAGACAAGAAAUUGGGCACAAUGAUUUCAACCAUGAGAUGGCACAAGGAUAUACCCAUAUCAGACACAGAAAAAGAGGUGACACUCAGUCCCAUUGCACGUGGAUUAAUGAUCACAGCAGGAAUGAUGCUGGCGAGUCAUUAGAAAUGCCUGGCAAAGCCAGCUUAAAUGAUUCACCAGACAAUGAUAUCCUUUGGGAACAACAUUGCAGGUCUGACAGUUUUGAACAAAACUGGAACCAGUAUGAGCAGAAGAUGAAGAUGUACAAGAAAGAUCUAAAGCAGAUUUUAAUAGCAUCACUAGAGAUGAUCUGAGACACCGCUUGAAGGGGAAGAGAACAAUAGAAAUUGACGGCGAGCCAUUUGUUAAAAAAAAAGCGAGAAUUCUGAGAAAGUCAAGUCACACAGAGCAAAUGACAGGGGUGGAAAUUUAUCUCCGAUAGUGCUUAUUAAGAAAGGCAUUACAUUUGAAAGAAAACAUUGUAAAGUAUAUUUUAAUUGUUAAUAUGUAAGAAAGAAGGAUGAGUUUGCUUUGGGAAUAAAAACAGUAAUAUAUUGUGGCUUGACUAAUGAAAACAAAUUUUGAGAUAUUUUUGAAGUGAUCAAAAUCCUGAUUCAGUCAGAUGGCACCUCUCUUCAAUUGUUACAAGUUUUUUCACCUGUCUAGGCAGCUUGUUCGCUGGAUAGAGUCAGCAAGGCAGCUAGCUUUCAGAUUGAGCAGCACAAAUUUUAUAUCUUACCUUAGCAAAUAUCUUUAUUUCUGGGAUUUAUAAGUGAAUGUUUAUGAUGUUCUUCUUGGAGUAUGCUUGUAUAUACAAACUCAAGUCAAACCACAAAAAAAGGAGAAAUACUCAGGCUGUGGAGGUGAAGGGUACGUGAUACAAGGUCAAUGUCAGCAAAGAAGUUUGUAAAAACAUGAAGCAGGAUAUCAGUCAAAAAAAAAUCUUCCAACUUGCAAGAUGAAUAACUACUGAUAGCAGAAUAUGGAACCAUAUGUUUCAAAAAAAAUCAUAAAAAAGGAAGCGAAGAAAUGUACAGGGAUGGACAGGUUUGUAACCAUUCUUUCUACAAAAAAAUCAGAAAAAAUUAAUGCAACUUGGUACGUGAAUUAAAAUCUUAUUUAGACAUUUUCUUGCUGCCAAAUGAUAUAACAGAAUUUGAAGUGAGCUUUUGAAGAUCAAACCUUCCCUGACAAUGCAACCCUUGUUAUUCUUCAUUAGCUGGGCUCUAACAUUGGUUUUAACAUCUGAAAAAGUAUCAGAGGACUUUGAUAUGUAACAUCUAAGCUAUCAGCAUUGCCUCACACUCUGAAAUCCCCAAUAAAUCACUCACCAAGGGGAUUCAAAAAGAGUUGUGCUACAUUAGCUUUGGACAUCUUUUGGUAUUUUGACCACGCUGCCUGUUGGUAUUGUAAUAAGAAGAAUUAUAUAUACAGCUCUCUAUUAGAUUCUAGAAGAAAAACUGCCAGAGAAACCAAAAUCUGUUUUUGAAGACUGCAACGAAAACAAAGUUGAUGAACUGGAGCUGGUUAUAAAACAGAGCAAAAGACCAGUAGAGAAGAAAAAUAUUUUGCUUCCCUUGAAACAAGAAUACACUGCAUACAAUAACAGGCUAAAAGAUCCUUUAGGAAAAAUACCUACUUUGCUCUGACAGUCGUGUGAGUUUAAAUAAUCAUGCUUAUUUUGGUUGUACAGGUGUUGUUUUAACUGGUCUGAAACCAGUUAAGAGUGUUUAUCUUUCUCACAUGGUACUAGUACUCGAAACGUAGUUGAACAGAGUAUUGAUACAAUAACAAUGGUUAUAAUAUAGUUGUAAAUGAAAUGUGUAAAUAUCCUUAGUAAAAGGAAAACUACCAUUACAUUCAAAGCAUAUAUUUACUUCAGUUGUGCUUCUCUUCCAAUAUGGGAUUUGUAGAGGCAUUGGUGAUCAGUCUGUGUACACCACACAUGCUUCUCUGCAUGUUUGUUUGCUCACUCGUGUCAACAAGGAAGUAGAUAAAUUGAUAAUUUUUGUACGUUUCUGGACUUUCAUUUGUUUGCUGUUGACCAGAUCAUCUUUUGCAUGCUAGAAGUGUGGUGUACUAAUAAUGGGGAUCAUGUGUUGGGCUAUCUUCAACCUUGUGAUGUGCACUUGGCUGUAUAGUUUGUAAAAAACCAGCUGAAUUAACUAAUCAGAUUAGGAUUUUUGUAUGUUGCAAAUAUUUUUUUGAUGGACAUAAUUCCAGGCCUACCUAUCAUUGUCUAUAGCGUUCCCGUGAAGGUUGAUUUUCUCUGGCAUUUGGCCCUUUGUAGUAGCAAGAAUCGUGACGUUUUUUCAUUUACCACUGUCUUUGUCACAUUGCCACAAAUGACAUGACACACAUUUGUAAGUUACUUUAUGUAAAUAUUAAAUUUAAUGAAAUUUUAAACAGAAACUACAAUAUUCAUAUUGACAAAAAAAAUAGUUUCCACAUUUGACUGAGAUGUUUGUGUUUCUAAAGUGCUUCUGCACUUUAUGAACUGAGUAUUGUCCCCUUCCCCUCCCUCCCCCCCAAAAAAAAAAAAAGCAUUGCUUCAUUAAUAAUAGUUUUGGUAACCUAAAUUCCCCCUUUUUUUUUAACACAUUCAUAUUUCCAUAGUCAGGGGUGUAGCUGUAUAGCAACUAUGGAAAAUCCUUAGUAGGCAGAUGUGAUAGUUCUACGACUAAAUGCUGUUUUUUUAUAUGUGCUGCCUUUAACAUUUAAGUUUUAUUUUUUUUAACUUCAUGACACAUGAAGAGUAGGAUUCUAAUAUCCAUGUAUCCAGGUCAGACAGUUAUUAAAGCAAUUGAUC